CUGUUGCUGAUGGGUUUGUUUUGGAUGACCACACAUAGACGAACGCUGCCUUGUUGUGUAUAUAAAGGGGGACUGCUUCUCUAGAUGGCAUACAAACCUCUGUCAGACAGGUCAGGAACAUUUCUUUGGGGGGAAAUGGCUUUACAGGACCUGUGCAAUUUCAAGGACAUCUUUCUGGACACUGAAUGUCCUUCAGUGCUUUUUGGAAAGAAGACUGGUUGUAACUAUGUGAGCGGUUCGCCCUUCAGCAGCAGCACAAGUCUGUUUAACUUUUAUACACCAGUUGCAGAGUACCUGGACGAAAGCCCGAUCCAGUUUGGGCAAAUCAGCGCCGUCCAGAGAUCCAGCGCCGACUCCAUCUUGCCGUCUUUCUACAGCAUUCCUCCGGCCUCCUCUCAGUCCGUCCCCUUACCGUUCCCCAUGUCCCACGGCACCACCACCUUGGCGUUCACGUUCCAAGGCGGCGUGCUGGCCGCGGCGGACACCCGUUCCAGUUGCUCCGGCCUCGUGGCGUGCCCUGCUGCCCAGAAGAUCUUGCCCAUUCACAGCCACCUGGUGGGCACCACGUCGGGCACGUCGGCCGACUGCGCCCUCUGGAAACGGAUUCUGUCUCGAGAGCUGCGGCUCUACCAGCUCCGCCACGGACGACGGUUGUCCACAAGCGGAGCCGCCAAACUACUUUCGCACAUGCUUCACCCAUUUAAGGGGACAGAGCUGUGCGUGGCUGCCACGCUGUGUGGGUGGGAUGGAGGAGAUGAUGGUGCAACGACUGAUCCUGGAAAGUCUGAUACCAGUCUUGAAAAGGCCUCUCUGGAUAAGACUCAGAGCUCUUCUUCAACAAUUGUUGGUCAACACUGCAGAAAGAAAGCGAGUUCUUCUGGUCCCAGUCUGUACUACGUGUGCAGCGAUGGCACUCGCCUGCAGGGAUCGCUCUUCUCCGUGGGCUCGGGAUCGCCCUACGCCUACUCAAUUUUGGACCAAGGGGUUGGAUGGGGGCUGACGCUGGCCGAGGCCACGUCAAUAGCCAGAGAAGCCGUAUACAGAGCCACGCACAGGGACGCAUACUCAGGAAACUGUGUAGACGUCUAUCACGUCUCCUCAAAAGGCUGGACUCGCAGGAGCAGAGAGGAUUUGAAAGAGGAAUAUUACAGAGAGAAAGAAAGAAAGACAAGAGAGACGGGACGCGACUUUGUCUGAGCGAAGACAUGAAACAGACAUGGAGAAAAAGAAAGGAAAACAUUUGGGAGUAUUUUGGAGAGACGUGACGGCAGCAGAUACUGAAUUAAUGAACAGGACAGGCAGUUGCAUCCUCCGGGCUAUUUCCUCAAAUGAUUUGGGCAUGCAUAUCGUUCCCUCUAAUAAACAGCUGAUGUUUUGUUUGCGCUGAUGAUAAAAUGUAUUCUAACAGCGCUCUGUUGCUGCCUGGCAUUUUGAUUUUGGACGCUAAAACAUUAUGAAUCAUUUCAAGUAUGUGAGAGAUAAUUACAACCUACUGCUGCAUGUGUCUGAAUCACUCCGACACACACAGAGAGCAGCAGAGGGAAGAACCCAAAAUCUAAAGGCCCUGCUGUGUGUGAGGGAGCUAAUUUGGCUGUAUGGCAGUAACCGGUAUAGUUGAGAACUGAUUUGUGUCUGCUGUCAGAAUUCGUUGGAGGUUUCUCUGACACGUCAAUAAAUUAUUGAAUAAAAGCAAUUUUGCUGAACUUGCCAGUUCAUUUUGUUAGAGCAGUCUGGUAGUAAAUUAAGCAAACUAGUAAUUAUUGUAGGGGGAAAGGUAGAGAGCGGUUCAUCCUGAUCUCACUGUUCAACCCUGAUUUUAAUCUACACUGAUGGCAGAUUAAAGCUUUCAAAGGUUAGGCAAUUUUACCAUAUGGGAGGAAACUUUAUAGCAUGUUAAUUAUGCAGGCUGUUCUUAUACACUGUUCAUAGCUAUACCUACUGUGCUGGAAAAAUGCAAACAUGCUGCACAUUCCUAAGGUCAUGACAGGUGACACUCAUUGCCCUUAAGGCCUAUUUGUGUUUCAGUGUUGCAUACUUAGUCAACGAACUUGUAGCACCUAUUUGAGGACAAGUAACCCUAAAAAGGACAGAAGUGUCAGUCAGACAGACAAUGUAAGAUACACGACUGUGAGCCUGCACGCAAGGGUAUAAAUGUCACGAAACGGAGAGACUCAGGGCUCUCAGCCCUGAACAUUUAUGUUGAUGGUUGUUUGCCCAUUUGCAAGUGUUUAUUAAACCUUUAAAAGACUCUUUCUUGA